UCCGGUGUUAUCAACGUUAUUGCUGUGUUCGCGCCGCUAUGUGGGAGACCGCAGUGAUUCACAUAAUCACAAAACUGAACCACAACAUUGCCUAACUAUGGGAUCUCAAAGAAGGCUCACCUCACUCACAAUGGCUUUUAUAAUUCCCCGUUUUCUCUGCUUGAUGUGUGUUAGUGUCGUUUGUCGAGGUGAAAACACAGAAAUGGUGAAUGUGGUGACAGAGAGGAAAGCGGAGGAGAGCCACAGACAGGACAGCGCUGAUCUGCUCAUUUUCAUCAUGUUACUGACGCUCACUAUCCUCACCAUAUGGUUAUUUAAACACCGUCGCUUCAGGUUUCUACAUGAGACGGGUUUGGCCAUGAUCUAUGGAUUGCUUAUGGGUGUGAUUCUGCGCUUCGCAGUCCAUUCACCACAAGACAUCAAUAAUGUUACCUUGACAUGUGCGGUUAACAGCAGCCCCACCACACUACUGGUGAACGUGAGCGGCCGUUUCUACGAGUACAGUCUGAAAGGAGAGGUCAGAGACAGCAAGGGUCACGACGUGCCCAAUGCAGAGAUGCUCAGGAAGGUCACUUUUGAUCCAGAGGUUUUCUUCAACAUUUUGCUUCCACCAAUCAUCUUUCAUGCAGGCUACAGCCUCAAACGAAGACAUUUUUUCAGAAAUCUGGGGUCUAUCCUCUCCUAUGCCUUUGUGGGCACAGUGAUAUCAAGUUUUGUUACCGGGUUGGUGAUGUACGGCUGUGUGGUGUUCAUGAAAGUCAUUGGUCAGCUUGGAGGAGAUUUCUUCUUCACUGACUGUCUUUUCUUUGGUGCUAUUGUAUCUGCUACAGACCCAGUAACAGUUCUGGCCAUUUUCAAUGAGCUGAAGGUUGAUGUGGAUCUCUAUGCACUGAUGUUUGGAGAGAGCGUUCUCAAUGAUGCAGUAGCUAUCAUCUUGUCCUCGUCAAUAGGGGCAUACCAGCCCGAGGGAGACAAUCGGCACACGUUUGACGGCAGUGCCCUCCUCAAAUCACUGGGCGUCUUUAUGGGUGUUUUUAGUGGGUCUUUUGCGAUGGGCGCUGCGACUGGAGUCAUGACAGCUCUGGUCACCAAGUUCACCAAGCUGAGAGAUUUUCCCUUGCUGGAAACCGCUCUUUUCUUCCUCAUGUCCUGGAGUACUUUCUUAUUGGCCGAGGCCUGUGGUUUCACAGGCGUGGUGGCAGUGCUGUUCUGUGGCAUUACUCAGGCUCAUUAUACAUACAACAACCUUUCAGACGAUUCAAAAAGCAGAACCAAACAGCUGUUUGAGGUGUUAAAUUUCCUGGCUGAAAACUUCAUCUUCUCAUACAUGGGCUUGACACUUUUUUCCUUCCAGCACCAUGUGUUUAAUCCCUGCUUCAUUAUAGGUGCCUUUCUGGCCAUAUUUCUUGGCAGGGCAGCCAAUAUCUACCCCAUUUCUUUUUUUGUAAAUCUCGGCCGCAAGAACAAAAUCGCAGCCAAUUUCCAACAUGUCAUGAUGUUUUCAGGGCUUCGAGGGGCAAUGACCUUUGCCCUCUCUAUUAGGGACACAGCGACAUAUGCCAGGCAGAUGAUGUUCUCCACCACGCUACUCAUAGUUUUCUUCACCGUGUGGAUUUGUGGGGGCGGAACCACUCCUGUGCUGUCACUUAUGCAGAUUCGGGUGGGAGUGGACACAGAUCAAGAGAAUGCAACUACAGCACCGGAUGGGGUACAAAGAAGCACCAAGCAUGAGAGCGCAUGGCCAUUCAGACUGUGGUACACAUUUGACCACAAUUAUUUAAAGCCCAUUCUCACUCACAGUGGACCUCCACUGACCUCCACUCUGCCUGCCUGCUGUGGUGCAAUCGCACGCUGUCUGACAAGCUCGCAGGCCUAUGAGAAUGUAGGUCGACUGCAUGAUGAGGACACAGAACUGAUCCUAAAUGACGGAGGUGGUUUGAUGUAUGGGGACAUGACGGUCAGCACUGAUGCCCACGGCGUACCCACCACCUCCUCGAGUCAGGCCGGCCUGUACUCACUAGCAGGAACCUCCAAUGAUCCCCUCGACAGGGAGCUUGCAUUCGGGGGCACCCGUCUGGUCCUUCCCACAGAAGACCCGCAAGACCCCCUGACAUCUUUCCCUCCUCCUCUGCCAUCCCCGCCUCUGGCUGACCCCUUGCGCCACAGAGUCUGAGUCCAUGCCUGCCUGCUGGGUCCGAGCUGCUAACUUCUUGCCUUCAAUUUGGCACUUUAUUUAACAAAUGGUAUUUAUGCUUUUAUUUGUUUAUUUAUUAUUUUGAGCCAUACAUAUAUAUAUAUACAGUAUAUAUAUAUUUGUUUAUUUGUGUGGUAGACACUGUUGUGCUUUGAUUGUGGUGGCUAAUCAUUUUGUUUUCUUGAUAAAAAAUUCCACAAAAGAUUCAAAAGAAAUUUUGUAGUGACUUUAUCAGAAUCUUAUCUGAAUACAUUAAUUGUGAAUAUGUUACUUGGUUUGACAGAGUCAAAGUAAUACAUUACAUGUAGAUCCGUGUGUGUAGACUAUAAGUGCCUAUGGCCUGUUUCCUGGUGUUUGUACUGUGACUAAUCAUUACCUCACUAAAAUUUACUUAUAAAAAGAGAUUUCAUGAGAGAAAGUGACUCAUUUAAAGUGUUAUAGUUUUCUAAAUGUACCACAGCAUAUCGUCUCUAUUAAAUAAGAUUUGAUGUA